AUGGAAUCGCUCACCGUCGCCUCGCAGUCGGCCGCGUCGGCCACAGCGGAGUGGUUGGCGUGCAAGAAGGCAAAGCCGAAGGACGUCGACACCGUGCCGGGAGUGCAAGCUGCGCUGACCAGAUCGAGGGACGUCAUCAAGGCGGUCACGUCGGCGCGCGAAGCGCUCGACCAGGCCCUCGCGGACCCGGAGGUGGACAGCAUUGCGGUCGAGCUGGCCUCUGUUCUGAUAAUCCUGGCGGAACAACUGGGCAAGCAUCGCGCUCGCGGCUCGAUCUCCGCGGCCGCCAUGGCCCGUACGUUCAAAAAGCGCGUCCUCGAGUGCACGGAGCAGCUCAGCGCGCUCACGGACCAGCUAGAUCGCGCCGCAGCGAAGCCGGCCCCCGCGCGGCCCGCCACUGGCGACGCGCCCCUGGCCAACGACCGCGCCGCGGACAGCGAGCCGGACGGGCCCGCGGUGCCCCCGCCCGACCUGCUCUGCUCCAUCUGCUGCGACGUCAUGGCCGACCCCGUGCUCCUGGUGGACAGCGGGCAGACGUACUGUCGGUUAUGCAUUGAAGAGUGGAUCCGACAUGCCAAAAUCCCAACUGAUCCGAAAACGCGCCAACGAGUGCAGCUGCCGCUCCGCAUCGUCACGAACUACGCCAUGAGAGGGGCCGUGGACGCGCUGCCUGCGGGCGAGCGCCGCAAGCGCGAGACGGCGGCCGCGAUGGCCGCGGCGCGGGCGGCGGCGGACGCGGCGGCCAACGCGCUGCCGACGCACCCGGGCCCCGCGGGAGGCUCGCACUGGGAGGUGGAAGAGGUUCAGGCGCUGCUGGACGACGCGAGCGUGCCGGUGGUGGACCUGGGUGGGCUGGAGGUGAAGUGGAGGGCCUCGGAGACAGUCACGAUCAAUUAUAAAACGUUGAGUGUCGGGCGCGCGCUGCUGGUGCGCCGGCCGGGCGUGGUGCUCCGGAACGGCAUCCUGCGCGGCGCGGGCGGGGUGGCGCCGGAGCCGCACGAGGGCGUCGUGACGCUGUUCGUGGGGGAGGGCGCCAAGGGCUUUCUUAUGGACGAAGUGGUGGUCAGGGAGGGGGCUGGAGACGGGGUGUACGUGGCGGGGGCGCAGGGGGUGUCGAUACGGCGGUGCUGGAUGGAGGGGAACGGGACGGCGAGGCUCGCGAACAACGGGCACGGCUUGGUGGUGCGGGACGGCGCGGAGGUGCGCAUGGAGGCGGGGUGUGCGCGGGGGAAUGGGCGGGGGGUGUUAGUGCUGGGGGGGGGGUCUCGGCUGCACGCGGCCGGCGUGGAGAGCAGCAGGAAUGUCGGGCACGGCAUCUACGUGCGCGACGGCGCGCGGCUGUCCGUGGAGGGCGGCGAGAGCGUGGGCAACGGCGGCGACGGGCUCUGGUGCUUCAACCGUGCGGUGGCGUCGUGCCGAAACCUGGAGGCUGGCGGGAACGACGGCAGCGGGGUGUUCGCGCAGUAUCUGUCCAAGGUGACGCUCGAGGGCGGCGGGUGCCGCGACAACGGCGCGUCGGGGGCCGUUGCUAUGAAUGAGGGUACGAUGCUGACAGUGGUCGACGUGGCGUGCGUGCUGAACGGGGCGUACGGGCUGGACGCGUCGGACUACGCCAAGGUCACGGUCAAGGGCGUCGACCUGUCCGGGAACAAGAAGGGCGAGCUGCGGACCAGCACUGACGCCUUUGUAGGAAAGUCGUGA